GACGACCUGUUUCUCUCCCGUGGUCAGAUCGCGGCGGACGGCCGGCGGAGUCAGGUGUUCCUGGCGCUGUCGACAGCGGCAGAGUUCCGAGACCACCUGACGUCAUUCAGCGAGUACUACUCGAGUCUGGGACCGCCCAGCCCGGACAACUUCCCCGAGGACGGCAAGCUCAAGUCGGAGAUGAUGGUCAAAGACAACCGGCGCUACUACCUGGACCUCAAGGAAAACUCGCGGGGCAGGUUUCUGCGGGUGUCCCAGACGAUCCCGCGCGGCGGCCCGCGCUCGCAGAUCGCCAUCCCCGCCCAGGGCAUGAUCGAGUUUCGGGACGCGCUCACCGAUCUGCUCGACGAGUUCGGAACGGACGACGGCGGCUUCAAGGGAGAGCUGCCAGAGGGAAAGCACAUGCGUGUUGAAAAUAAAAACUUCUACUUUGAUAUCGGCCAGAAUGAUCGGGGUAUCUACAUGCGCAUAUCUGAGGUGAAAACCAACUUCAGAAAUUCCAUCACCAUUCCAGAGAAGUCCUGGUCACGGUUCCGUGAUAUAUUCGGCGAGUACGUAGAGAAAAUGCAGGAGGCAGAGCGGGCGGCACAGGAGCCGAGUGGAGCGCCCGGCCCGCCCGGCCCGCCGGGUCCCCCGGGCCCGCCGGGUCCGCCCGGCCCGCCCGGCUCCGUCGCCGGCAAGUGAGCGGUGCGCAGAGCCGAACGGCCGAUCGACUCGCUGCAACACGGCCGCCGUUCAAUUCGUGUCUUUCAAAAUUUCUGACGCGCCGACCGGAGACAGUGGGUAGACGGCCGGCGCAGAGACGGCGGCGCGGAGACCGGGAACACCGAGACGGAGAGACAGACGCAGCGCACCGAGACGGGCACAGAGAGACGCCGGACAGGGACGGAGGCGGCGCGGUGCGGCGGCGAGGAAGGGCGCGGCGGACGCCCGCCGCCGCCGCCCCAGUGCAAUGGGAGCGCAGCGCGGCGCGGCGCAGUGAAGGACGUGGCACAGUCACGGUGGCUGCAGCUUUAACGAGCGCCGGCCGGCCGCACCGCGACCGAGCCACAGGCACGGACGGACACGAGCGGGCGGCGCGUGGACCGGGGUGGCAGGGCGCCGCGCCCGCCACGGGCACGGCUACAAAUUAUCACUUUGAUCGUUGCGUUGUUGGUUAGCCGGCCGUUGGGUGGCGAGUGAGCGAUCUGUGGAGCUGGCACAAGGUGGCGCGCGCGCUGGCGACGCUCCGCAGGGAUGCCAUAAUACUGCCAUUGUGUGGUGUUGGCGGCUGGUCCUCGGGCCGCGGCCGGCGCCCGCCUGUCGGGCCGCCGCUUUGUCGCUGUUUAAAGAGGAGUUUAUUUAUUCGUUGUUUGCCAUUUGGUUUUCUUUGACUGUGUGUGCGCUCGCGCGCGCGCGCGUGCAGUGCGGUGCGCGGCCGCCUCGCCCCGGUGGAGCUGGAGCUGGAUUGGACUGCCGCGCCGUCGGCCGGUGGUGAGUGGUGCUGCGCUCGCCAGCGUGCGUGCGUGAGUUGUUUCCGUGGUGUGCGUGUAAUGUCCUCGGUGCUAGUCACAAGAACUAGACGCUCGCUGUGAUAUGGCAAGCGGUCGCACACAGCCCUUUGGUUCGCUAGUUUGUACUGCGCGCGGCCUGGUCUGGAGCGGGCGCCUGGCCGGCGGCGGCGGCGCCGUCGUGCACAGCGUGUGAGGCCGAGUGCGAGCGAGCGAGCGAGCGAGAGAGCGCGAGAGACUGCCGCGUGGUUGGGCGCGCCAUCGCUCCGGGCCUGAUCAGAAAUACACGAGUCAUCUCGGA